GGCGGUGUGUUUUUAAUAAACUGUUGUAUAUGGUUCUAUAUCUGAGCGGCUAAAUGACUACACUGAUAAAUAAGGACGGAAUAACCCUUUCUGGUCUGCGCAAACUGUGUGACAGUUGAGUAUCUCGAACGCUCCAAUAACCCGGACAUUCCAGGGUGCUGUCAUGGUGAUUGAAUAAGGAUUUUGAAGAACAUUUGCGCUUUUUAAACAUGUUCCGAUUCUGCAAACGAGCUGUUUUUAUCCACGAGCAAUGGACUGUGAAGGUCAACUUGAGUUUGAGUCUUUACUCCACGUCUCCUGUCAGACUGGGAAUUCUGCAGAAGGUGAAUAAAAAGUGUGAGCGUUUCUUAGAGCAGAGAUUUCCUCGCUUUUCCAUCCUGCACCAGACCCUGAUGAAAGGAUUUCGGCUCCUGAUAGAAGACGUGAAGGAGGUCAGUAGAAUCAAGAGGAGCAUGUGGAUGAAUCAGAUGCACUACAGAGAUCUCCCAUAUCGAGACAUGAAACGACUCGUUCUGUUUCGACGUGACAUGAUUAAAGCCGUGCCUCUGCUCAUAAUCUCAAUUCCUCCGUUCGCAAUCGGCUUCGUGUUCAUCCUCAUGUGUUUGUUUCCUCGUCAGCUUUUGUUUCGACAUUUCUGGACGCCGCAGCAGCAGAAACGGUUCCAGAUGAUCGACCAAAUAAAACGUUGUCAGUGUCAGACGAAGAUCCUGGACAGCUUGGUGUUGAUGGUGCCACGUGUGAGAGAGUCACAUCAGAGGAACCUCCUCAACCUGUGCUCCAAGGUUCAGGACGGGAAACACCCGAGAGUCUCUGAGGUCCACGCCGUACAGGACGUCUUCCACAAGUCUUCUCCUCUUGGACUGCAGUGUGUGGAACCUCGUCAUCUGAGAUUGUUGGGUGCUCAGCUCUCUGUAAUGGUCUGGUUUCCCAGUUUCCUGGUGCGGAGGCAGCUCACCACCAAAGCCCUGGACCUGCUGUAUCUGGACCGCGCUCUGCAGGGUCUCGGGCUUCAUCAGCUCACAGAGGAAGAAAUGAGACAAGCAUGUGACCUCCGAGGGCUGGACACCAGUCAGCUGACCUCCAGUCAGUGUAAAGAGUGGCUUCAUCAGUGGCUGGAGCUCUCCACAAUGGUCCAAGAAGCAGAAAUCUCCCUGUUACUUCACAGUAUGACGCUGCUGACCCUCAACUACCCGCCGGUGACCAAGUGAACGAGACGCCGUCAUCAUAUCACGUCAUCCUCCGUUUACCGAUGAACGUCUUCACCUCGUCUCUACGCCGUUUACACGUCCGCUUCUCCUUUCUCAUUAAAUCACAUUCCUUUCACGUUUCUGCUUUAUACUCGCUGCUGGUUCACAUUAAAACCCACAUGUCUAAAGUCAUCUGCACAAAGUGACUCACUUUAGCUUUAUUUUGCAGAUACGACGGUCUGUGUGUGUUUUCUGUGGAAACCGAAUACACACGUGUUCUUACGACGUUGCUGUUAUUUGGUGUGUUUGUGUUUAAUCAUUGUGACGUUAGAAUGUUUCGUAUCUCAGCUACAGCGUACAGAGCUGUGAACGUCUUCUGUCUGUGAGUCAAACCUCACGUCUCUCUGUAUUUACUCUCAGGUUACUUUGUUUUUAUUUACUUUUUACUUUUUAUUUUUUUAUAAUUAUUAUUUUCUGUGGCUUCAUGAGAAUAUAAUAAUAUAAAACUACAUAAACCAAAAA